GUGUCCUCAGACGGAGCUCACUCAGCCUGGUUACUUGAGCACAGCGGAGCACAGCAAGCCCUCUCCUGGACAACAUGGGACUCACGCAAGACCCCAACUUCCACAAGCUGCAGGAGUGGUACACAGCCCAUGCCCUGAACCUGAACAUGAGGCACAUGUUUGAAACUGACAAGGAGAGAUUCAACAAGCUCAGCCUCAGUUUGAAAACAGAGGAUGGAGACAUUCUCCUGGACUACUCAAAGAACCUGGUCACAGAGGAAGUCAUGAAGAUGCUGGUUGAGCUGGCCAAGUCCAGAGGCAUUGAAGCUGCCAGAGAGAAGAUGUUUAAAGGAGAGAAGAUCAACUUCACCGAGGGCCGCGCUGUGCUCCACGUUGCUCUGAGAAACCGCUCCAACACUCCCAUCAUGUGUGACGGCAAGGAUGUGAUGCCCGACGUCAACAAGGUCCUGGAGAAGAUGAAGGGCUUCUGCCACAAAGUUCGCAGCGGUGAGUGGAAAGGCUACACAGGAAAAUCCAUCACAGAUGUUGUCAAUGUUGGCAUUGGAGGAUCUGAUCUUGGCCCCCUGAUGGUGACUGAAGCGCUGAAGCCUUACUCAAAAGGUGGACCACGUGUGUGGUUUGUGUCCAAUAUUGAUGGAACGCACAUCGCCAAAACACUGGCAGAGCUCAACGCUGAGACGGCGCUCUUCAUCAUCGCAUCUAAGACGUUCACUACUCAAGAGACCAUCACCAACGCUGAGUCAGCCAAAGCCUGGUUCCUUGAACAUGCCAAAGAUAAAUCUGCUGUUGCCAAACACUUUGUUGCCCUGUCUACAAAUGGACCCAAAGUGAAAGAUUUUGGCAUCGACACUGAGAACAUGUUUGAGUUCUGGGAUUGGGUUGGUGGUCGUUUCUCCUUGUGGUCUGCAAUUGGAAUGUCCAUCGCCCUCCACAUCGGCUUUGACAACUUUGAGAAGCUUCUCUCAGGAGCUCACUGGAUGGACAACCACUUCCGCACCGCUCCUCUGGACAAGAACGCCCCCGUUCUGCUGGCUCUGCUGGGCAUCUGGUACAUCGACUUCUUCCACUCUGAGACACACGCCAUGUUGCCCUACGACCAGUACAUGCACCGCUUCACUGCAUACUUCCAACAGGGCGACAUGGAGUCCAAUGGAAAGUACAUCACCAACCAAGGUGCCCGUGUAAACUACCACACUGGGCCAAUCGUGUGGGGAGAGCCGGGAACCAAUGGUCAGCAUGCGUUCUACCAGCUGAUCCACCAGGGAACACGCAUGGUGCCCUGUGACUUCCUGAUCCCGGCUCAGUCUCAACAUCCAAUCAGAGACAACCUCCACCACAAGAUUCUACUGUCCAACUUCCUGGCCCAGACAGAGGCUCUGAUGAGGGGGAAGACCACAGAGGAGGUCAGGAAGGAGCUCGAGGCCAGUGGGCUGAGUGGUGAAGCUCUGGAAAAGAUCCUGCCUCACAAAGUUUUCCAGGGUAACAGACCGACCAACUCUAUCAUCUUCAAAAAACUGACUCCGUUCACACUUGGAACACUGAUCGCAAUGUAUGAGCAUAAAAUCUUCGUUCAGGGUUUGAUGUGGGAAAUCAACAGUUUUGACCAGUGGGGCGUGGAACUGGGCAAACAGCUCGCCAAGAAGAUAGAGCCUGAGCUGAAGGACACCACGGAGGUCCAGUCACAUGACUCCUCCACCAACGGACUCAUCAACUUCCUGAAGAAGAACUUCUCCUGAGCUGAGCCACGACCCCACACAACAUCAGCGGACGUCUGCUGAGCUGCUGUAGGAGAGGCACCAGUCACUUCCACACAGAGAUCUGUUGUUGUUGUUGUUGUUGUUGUUGUUGUUGUUGUUGUUGUUUUUCCUAUGUUUGUUACAGUAGAUCACCACAAACAGAUGUCUGCAGAAAAUAUAUUUCUGGAAUAAAUGUCUCCAAAUGA